CGGCGGCAGCACUGAGUGAGGUUCAGGUGGGACUCACCUGCUGUUUGGCUGGUUGUUUUGGGCGCUUUUAUUUCCUCCUGAGAUCGUUGUGAGUCCUCCCUACAAACAGUGUGAGGAUUCCUUCAGCAGCGUAGACGGAGGAGUUUAACGGGUUAAUGCAGCUCCUCCUCUCAGAUCAGCUGAACCAGGCUUCAGAGGCCUGAAGGAGACGUGUCCACGCUGAGGAGGAGGAGAGCAUGAGGAGAUGAAUGGAGUGAAGGAGGAGCCUGAAGAAGGAGGAGAGGACUGUCAGCUGCUUCCUGCUCAAGGAGGUGGGGGCGUUCCAGAUGUGGAGAGUCUCUCGAUACCAGAAGAACCUGCUUCACAUGCUUCAAGCGCUCAUCGGUCAAAGCGCUGCCACCGCUGCUCGGUAUGUGGCCGGGAGUUUUCACGUCCGUCUCGCCUGGCGGAUCACAUGACCGCCCACACUGGCGAAAAGCCGUACAGCUGCUCACUGUGUGGCAAACGCUUCACAAAGAAGAUAAACGUAGCCGUCCACCAGCGGGUUCACACCGGAGAGAAGCCGUAUUCCUGCCCCGACUGCGGCGUCAGCUACGCCCAGCUGAGCUGCCUGCGGCGCCACCGGCUCGGGCACGCCGCAGAGAAACCCCACUGCUGCUCGGUGUGUGGGAGAGGAUUCGUCCAGCGGCGCCACCUCGUCCAACAUGAGCGCACUCACACCGGAGAAAGGCCGUUCAUCUGCUCGCUGUGCCCCAAACGCUUCGCCUCCAGGACGGGGCUCGUCGAUCACCAGAAAACCCACACUGGCCAGAACCUGUACUCCUGCUCCAUCUGCGAGAAGGUUUUCUCCACAGCCUCAUCCUUCAGGGACCACGUCAGGCUCCACACAGGGCAGCAACCUCACCCCUGCUCGCUGUGUGGCAAGAGCUUCAACAGGCCAGGUUUGCUGAGGAAACACCUGCAGAAACAUGCUGAGCAAAUCCAGGUGGUCAAAAUUGAAGGUGCAGAUGGAGAGGGGGAAAUGAAUCUUCACUGCUUCCUGUGCCAGAAGGACUUCUCCUCUGCUGAGAAGCUGCAGCAGCACCAGCAGCUCCACCAGAGGGUGCAGCAGUUCACCUGCGACGUCUGCGGCCGAGAGUUCGGCCGAGGAUCCCGGCUGAAGGAGCACAUGCGGUCUCACACCGGAGAGAGGCCGUACCAGUGCGACAUCUGCAUGAAGCGAUUCUCCGUGCUGAGAGUGCUGAGGAAGCAUCAGGAGAUCCACAGCAGGGUUGAAUGCAGCACCGCCGCGACUCCAGAAGACCCAAAACCAGAUGAACCGCAGAGUGGUGUGAAGGUGGAGAACGGAAACGAGCAGAACAAAGAGGGAGACUCAGAGACCGGUGGGAGCACUGAUGGCGUGAAGGAAAGCUCCUCCCACAGCUGCUUUAUCUGUGGGAGGAGCUUCCCGGGGAUGUCUGCGCUCUUGGAGCACGCCAAGGUCCACGACACGGAAAAGCCGCACCGCUGUCCGGUGUGCGCGAAGACCCUCAGCAGCGUCGCCACCCUUCGAGUUCACAGGAAGACCCACAUGGCCGACAAGCCUCACGCCUGCAGCAUCUGCCCCAGGAGCUUCCUGAAGCCCUGCCUGCUGCGCCAGCACAUGAGGACCCACAUCAGGGACGGGCUGAUCGCUGACCCCGCUGACAAGGUGUUCUGGUUUGACAUGAAGAUCGAGGGUGGGAAGGUGGAGGCAGGGAUGAUGAAGAUGAAGAAGAAGGAGGUGGAUGAAGGAGUGAGCGAGCAGGACUCUGAAGGUGUUUCCACCAAAGCUGAGCUGCUCGUCACCAAACGGAGCAACAGCGAGGAGCGUAAAGACGCAGACAUGAGCGGGCUGAUAAACUCUGAUGGUGAGGAAGAGGACUGGAAGCCAACGCCCUUGGAUCCUGAUGGACCCUCAGACCCUGAUGGACCAACAGAUGCUCGUGGACCCUCAGACCAUGAUGGACCAGCAGAUCCUGAUGGACCAGCAGACCCCCGUGGGCCCUCUGACCCACAGAUAGACAGCGGGGCUCAUGGAAAGUCGCGGCACUGCUGCCCCGUCUGCGGGCGCGACUGCUUCAAAGCAUCAGCGCUGCAGAAACACCUGCGGAUCCACUCAGGCGAGCGUCCUUUCCAGUGCCCCACCUGCAGGAAGAGCUUCAUCCAGCACGUCCACAUGACGGAGCACCAGAGGAUCCACACUGGAGAGAGACCCUACACCUGCAGCAUUUGCAGCAAGAGCUUCACCUUUUCCAGUGCUCUGCGCCGACACCAGCGGCUGCACACUGACGCCCGGCCGUACCAGUGCCCCGUCUGCCCGAAGACCUUCAAGCAGCGCAGCUCGCUCAAAGAACACCAGCUGACGCACUCAGGCGUCCGCUACCAGUGCCCACUGUGCAGCAAGAGCUUCAGCCGCGCCCUCGAGCUCACCUAUCACGUUGAUGUGCACUCGGAGGCUCGGCCGUACUUCUGCGACAUCUGCCAGAAGAACCUGAGCGGAGCCCGAGUCUUCAGGAAGCACAUGAAGAAGCACGAGGUGCAGCCAGCCGGGCAGCAAGAGACCGGGAUCUCCUCAGCCAACGAAAGUCUCUGAAAGAGGCGAGAGGGAAGUCCGUGCGUAGAAAACCAAUCAUGUGUGAGUAACCAGUGAAACCAAUGACUCCAGAAGACGUGCUCGGUUAAAUCUGCCUUAAAGUAAAAGUAAAACACUUUGGAGACAGUUCGUGAUGUUGUUAGCCUAGCCUCGCCUCAGCGCAGGCCACUUCCUGUUACAGCUGUCAUUUACAUUUCUGUCUGCGGACGUGCUGAGGAAGCAGGAUGGAGUGUGAGCUUUCAGUCUGUAUGCGAAGCUGGGCUAACGACAUCCCGAGGUAACAGGAAUAAUCCCCGUCUCCAGACGAGCCGCUGGCUGAUUGGACCACACUGGCUGAUUGGACCACACUGGCCCUUUAACCAAAGUGCUUUUGGUGCCUGAACCGCAGACCAGAGUCUGGAUGUGCAUCCUAAACUGUGCCGACAACAGGAGGUCACGUGUUUCAAAGAGAGGCGUGGUCAUGAAGGGGUCACGUUAGGACAAACAGUAAUUAUGAACACGCAGUCAUGAAAAGGCUUGUUUGACUCAUCAUUCUUGAUGCUUGUUGGAUAUUUGGUGCUACAAAUCAGCAGCCCUGGUCCUGAUUUCAUUUCUGUAGAGGUAAAAUACAGCUGAUAUAUGAAGGUCAAAGGUCAGCCACAUAGAGGCCUUCGAGCUGUUGCAGAGCGUCGGUGAAUUCACCCAAAUCAAAACUAAAUUAAAUGUCUGUGUUCCAGUUUGUACUCACUUCAAGUCUUCGUGUCAGUAAAGCUGGAAGCGCUCCGGGCCUCUCAGCUCGCCUUCACGUUCUUCUUCAGAGCAUCGAGUUUGUUUUGAGGAGCUGGUGCUGCUCUGCUUCCAGCAGGACUACAAAAAAAGCCCGAGUGAUGAGGAAAAAAGUCCUCACAGACUGCUGCAACACUUCUGUGUUCACCUCAUCACAUCCUGUGGGAAAAUAUGACGAGUUACUUUAAGAACAGAAAUAUUCUCAUCUGUGUUUUUAUAGUAAAAUGUUUUUAAAAAAUUAUCACAAAAAUUGUUUUACUGAAGUGCCACAAUUUUUCUACCAGCAGGUGGCGCCAACAGGUGGGCACAAAAUCAACCCCCCUGUCAACCACUCACUACCCACUUUAUUAGGUACACCUGUCCAGCUGCUUGUUAAUGUAAGCAUGGUGAAGAUGACCUGCUGAAGUUUACGCUGAGCUUCAGGAUGUGGAAGGAAGGUGAUUUAUGUGACUGUUGCUCGUUGGUGCGAGUGUUUCAGAGACUGCUGAUCAGCAUCUCUACACUUUACAGAGAAGGUCUGAAACAGAGAAAAUAUCCAGUGAGCAGCAGCUCUCCGGGUGAAGAUGUUGAUGUCAGAGGAGAAUGGACAGCCUGCUUCCAGCUGAUAGGAGGGCAACAGGAACUGAAACAACCACUCAUUAGAACCAAAGUAUGCAGAAGAGCAUCUCUGGGAACACAACACAUUGAUCCCUGAAGCAGAAGGCAGCAGUCUGAUGAGUCAAUGUCUGCUGUGACAUUGAGCUGGUAGGGUCAGAGUUUGGUGUAAAUAACUGAAAGCAUGGAUCCAGCCUGCCUUGUUUCAGUGAUUCCGGCUCCUGCUGGUGUGAAGGUGUGGGGAUAUUUUCAUGGCACACGUUGGGCUUCUCAGUACCGACUGAGCAUCGUUUAAACCCCACAGCCUACCUGAGUGUUGCUGCUGACCAUGUAAAUUCUUUAUGACCACAGUGUAACAUCUUCUUAUGGCUGCUUCCAGCAGGAUCACGCACCAUGUCUCAGAUCAUCUCAGACUGGUUUCUUAACGGUAAAUUCACUGUAAUCAGACGCCCUCCACAGUCAGCAGAUCUCAGUCCAGUAGAGCAUCUUUGGGAUGUGGAGGAACGGGAGAUUCUCAUCAUGGGUGAACAGCACCUGCGUGAUGCUGUCAUGUCAGCAUGGACCAGAAUCUCUGAGGGAGGUCUCAGCACCAUGUUGGAUCAGUGACGUGGAGAAGUAAAGCAGCUCUGAAAACACGAGGGGGUCCAACCCAGUACUUGAAAGGUGUACUUAAUAAAGUGGCCCAAAGAGUGGAAAUUCCUUCAUUACAGCAGCAAAAACACAAUUUAAACACAACAAAUGUAACAAAUAGCUGAAAUAAGUUUGUGUAUAUCUCAGUAAGUUGAACUGCAGUGUCAUCAGACUGAUAUCAGUGAGGUAAGAUAAGUGUGAGACAGUUUAUACGUCAUCCUAAUAUCAAACUUCAUGAGAACGUCUCACUUCCUGAUGAAGAAUUCCCCUCAGUUGGAGAUGUUUGAUGACUUCACUGGAUUAAUAUCUCACGUUUGCACCAUAUUCAUUCCUCACUGUUUUCAGUGUCCAGGUUCAGACUGUGGGAAUCGGAGCGCUGAGGUGUCCCAGCCGGGAGAAACUUUGCUUUGUCCAUCGUCAGUUUAUUAAUCUGAAACAUGAAACUUUCACACAGUUCACGUCAUUAUUUUAUUAUUUAAAGACGGGCAGUUUUAUGUGACUGUCAGUCAAGUAUCUGUGGUUGCAGCAGUGGUUAGUGAGAGCAGGUGUUUACCAUCCUGACCUCGGGAUUUGAAUUCAGUGCUCUUUAUCGAGUGAAUGCUCUCAUUAAGAUUCACACGUUAAACUUCAUACACGCGAAGCUGAAGAUAAAUCAUGGACUGAUUUUUCAUGAUAAACUAAUAAAACCAUUUUGUGAGGAACAAA